CCGGGUCUCGAUCAAGCAGGACGCAACACCGGAGGGUAUUUCGGCCGAGGUGCAGAUAUCGAACGUGGACAGCAGCGACAGUGGGGCGUACUUUUGUCAGGCCAGCAAUCUGUACGGUCGCGAUCAGCAGCUGGUGCAGCUGCAGGUUCAGGAGCCACCGCAACCACCAUCUUCGCUGGAAGCGGCCACCGUGUCGAGCCGUGUGGUGAACCUAAAGUGGCAACCACGAGGUGGUGAUGCGGCCGAGGUUUCAAAGUACAUCGUGGAGUACCGUGAGAUCGACCGGCAGUGGCAGUACAUCGAGAUAUCGGAUCCACCGGUUUACUCGACCAUCAUCGAGAACCUGAAACCGGCCACCAACUAUGUGUUCCGUAUUAUUGCCGAAGGACCGGCCGGCCGUAGCUCACCGAGCCAGGAGUUGUUUAUCAAGACGGAUCCACAGCGACCGGCGGGCCCACCGUUAAAUCUCGGUGCAAGGCCUAUCUCGUCGACCGAGAUUCUCGUCAGCUGGAUGCCACCAUCGUACGAGUUGAGGCAUGGGGAGAUGCAGGGUUACAACAUUGGGUACCGAUCGAUGCACGCCACGAGCAAUAGCUACAACUUUACCUCGAUAUCGGGUGAUGGUGAGGAUGGGACGGGUGAGCUGUUGCUAACGAAUCUGGCCAAGUAUACGCGCUACACGAUCGUGGCGCAAGCGUUCAAUCAGAUCGGCCCGGGACCACUUUCGGAGCCCGUGACGGCACAAACGAUGGAGGAUGUACCGAGUAAACCGCCCGAAGAUAUACGCUGUAUGGCGCAGAGUUCGACCUCGAUUCAGGUGUCAUGGCAACCACCGCAAGCGCACCAUACCAACGGGUUGCUACAGGGUUACAAGGUGUUUUACGAGUGCGCCACCGAAGACGCCAUCAGUACCGGGGAGAUGGAAACACGCAAAACGACCUCCCUGACGGUGCAUCUGUCUAAUUUGCGAAAGUUCUCCAACUACAGCAUCCAGGUGUUGGCGUACACGCGAAUGGGUGAUGGUGUCAUUUCGCCACCCUCGUUCUGCCAUACGGAUGAGGAUGCACCGGAAGCACCGGCUGAUAUUAAGAUCGCUAUCAGUUCACCUUCGUCCCUGUACGUGUCCUGGUUACCGCCAAAGGAUCCGAACGGUAUCAUUACCAAGUACAAUCUGUACAUGCGUGCGGUCAAUGGACGGGAGGAGUUGAACAACGAUAAGCGCAAUCUGCUCGCCCAUCAGCAUCACUUCGAGGCGAAACAACUCCAGAGUCACACCGAGUAUCAGUUCUGGGUGUCGGCGUCGACCCGUGUCGGUGAGGGUAAAAGCUCCCGGGUUGUAUCGCAACUAACUUCCAACCGUGUCCCGGCAAAGAUCGUUUCGUUCGGUGGUCUCACCAUUCGACCCUGGAAAUCGUCGGCCUCCCUGAACUGUAUAGCCGUUGGGGCACCGCGCCGUGAGUGGUUUAAGGGUGAUACUCUACUGCGCGCCGGUACUCAGCAUAACAUACAGCUGCUGGAUUCGGGUGAGAUCAUUGUCACGAUGCUACAGACCAGCGAUACCGGCAACUACACCUGUCAGGUUGAUAAUGGCAUCGGGACGGAUCGAUUGACGCACAAUCUGCUCGUGCAGGUUCCACCGGGACCACCCGUCCUCUACGUCACUAGUGCGACGUCUAGCAGCAUUCUGCUACACUGGAAGAUCGGCUCGACGGGUAAUGCGCCGAUUACGGCUUUCUCGCUGCACUAUCGUCGUGUGCACGGCAAUCUGGAGGAGAUGCAACUAUCGCGCCAUGCGACCAGUCACGAUCUGAAGGGUCUGUUCUGUGGUAGCACGUACCAGGUGUACCUGGUGGCUCACAACAAGAUCGGAUCCUCGUCGGCCAGUACCACACUGAACGUGAAAACGCAAGGUCAACCACCGGGCAUCCCGCCGGACUCGGUGCUCAUCGCACCCAACUCCACCUCGGUUGUGCUCCGGUUAAACGGAUGGCCCGAUAAUGGAUGCCCUAUCAUCUACUUCGUGCUACAGUACCGUUCCGUUUCGAUUGGCCUAGACGAUGAUUGGCAUCUCGUGUCGAACGCACUGAAGCCCCAGCGGCGCUUCACACUAUCCGGGCUUUUGCCCUCGACCAUGUACCGACUGAAGAUGGAGGCGCACAAUGUAGCCGGUUCUACGAACGCCGAGUACACCUUCUGGACUCUCACCAAGGACGGAGACCCACCACCACCGGAACUAGUACAAAGGGGACAUCGUUCUCAGAUUUUUUACAACAACAUUCAGCUGCUCAUACCGAUCAUUAUUACGAUCACCGCCACCAUCAUCUGCAUUGCGUUCACCGUGGUCUGUUACAAAUAUCGCCAGCGAGGACGACAGCGAAAGGAUACCAUGGAGAGCCAGCAAACGACAGACGCUCAACGGGAUCGGUACUAUGCUACGAUACAUAAAGUAGCGUUACAAGCUGGCGAUAAAAUACCUGAAACGUCUGAAGACAUUUCACCGUACGCCACAUUCCAGCUGUCGGAGGCCAGCACGCUAGCACAGCCUCACCACAGUGGCCCAGCAAACACACUGCUACACUCCUUCAUGUACCACGAACGCGCCAUGACCGAGGGGUGCGCCUCACCACCACCCGCAGCGGUACUGAGACUUCACAAUCAAUCGCCAUACUACAAUAUCAACUCUUCCAAGGGCCGCCGGAGACACUCACGCAAAACCGAGCCCGAAAGUGAAGAGUCCGACUCGGACCAAGAUCCUCUUACCUCGAGUCGCACCGAAUCGUCCAACCAGCUGGACGCGAAGAUGAAGCACAGUCUUAUUUAUCACGGCACGCAAUCGAGCACGUCCUCCGAUUUGUCGCCGAUGUCCGAACAAAAGUCCUUACCGCGGCGUGGCCGUUCAAGUCAAAGUCAAACACACCACAUCUAUAUGCCCAGAGGUACGAUGCGAUCGUUGCUGACGCCUCUCCACCUACCGGACGGAAGUGCUCCCGGUGGGGGCCCUCUGUUCCAUCAGGUACCGAUCGAAGCCGGUACACCGGAUCGGAUCGAGCUCUCGGAGGCGGAGUGUGACAUCGAUACGAUCAAGAAGCUCAAGCUUGGAAUGCGCUCGUCGCUCUGGUCUCGGCCAAGCCAGAGCAAUAAUGUCGUGGCGUCGGGUCCAACGGGCAACAGCAACAACUGCAGCAGCAACAGCAACAAUAACAACAACAACAGCGGUGGUGGUCCCGGGGGCAACAACAACAACAGCAGCAACAGCAACAAUAUCAACAACAACGGCAACAAUAGUAGCGCGAUAGUUGGCAGCAUCAUGGGAGCUAGCGGUUCCAGCGGACCAGUGAGUGGUGGCGCACCAGGAGGGAACGCAGCAGGCGUUGGGCAUCCUUCCGAUUAUUCGAUCGCCGUCUAAGCAUGCCAGGUCAACACACUAGGGAACCAAUCAAAACUGAUGAAAACCAAAAUGGCAAACUACUACUAUUGUAAUGUAGCAUACAUACAUAUACACGCACACACACACACAAACACACCGACACACACAUACACACAUUCGUUCGCCGUUUUAUGGUAAUUAGUGUAGGUUGCAGACAUUAACAUCCUCUUCCUUAAUACUGUCCCAAAUCCCCGCAACUUCCACUCCUCCGUCGUCUAUCCUUCCGCACUCUGAACACAUCUCGCCAGGACUUUGAUGAACUUUAUCGCAUUUACUCGCUCUGCCGGCCAGUACAUUCUCAAUCAAAAGUAGAGUAAGACUUAUGACGCUGUAUCAUCAACGGAUGCAGCUACCCAGUGUUCAGAUGAACCACCUUUCCCUCUUUUUCUUAGCUAGCGAAACUGUCCGAUUGAUGCGAAGCGGCGAUGCACCGAUGCUGCCGUUGACGUUGACCGUGCUCCCUUAUUAGGCUAGAGAAGAUGCACAAAUCCCAUCCGCAACGGUAUCCGCUAAUACUAUCUGCAGCCAUUUCUGCGGCCAUUUCCAACCCCUUACAAGUGAAGACCGGUGAAGGGAAGGGAGGUGAAGGGAAAGUGUGCCAACACAUAAUUGAACAAUAAUAAUGGCAAAAUGGCAGAAAAAACUCCAUCUUUCUGGUUCAUUUGCUCUGCCCAUCUGUACGCCCCUUCACCAAUGAGUUGCCUUCCAUUGACGUUAUGAAAAUUGGUGGCCUCGUGCUGCCUCGUCCCUGUUAUCGUAGUUGAAACGAUUGUAUAGCCUUUAUGAGGUUGAUUUUCACAUCCACAUUCAUCCCCCGCGAGGAGGGGGUGGGGGAGGGUCCUGUGCAGAAAAGUGCACAGCAGUAGGCCUGAGGUUUUUUUUUGUUUUACCUAACCGGAUGCACACUACUACAAAACCGGACCGGAUGCGGCAUUGAACGGCAGCAGCUGGCGCAACGUAACACAGUAAGAUCGAUGAUGAUGAUGAUGAUGAUGAAUGCAUGUAUAUUGUAUAGUUAAGAUAAAGCUGACGACAGUAAGCCCAGCUCGAGCUAGGAGCCAUAUUGAAAUGACGAAGCGCGAACAAAUUUAGACAACUUACUGGGAAUCUUCUUGUGAGGUUUUAUAAUCUGUGUAUAAAGACUGAAUUUCCCUUAUUACACUCCUAGCAGUAAAGUACACAACCAACCAAGAUAGCAACAUAAACCCAUGGAUCAAACUGGGUAAACGGCACAAAGGAAAUAAACAUGUAAGGCAACUAAAGAUAACACUCGAAAACACACACACGACUGGCCACGUUCCUUACGUUGUGUCGCAAAUCAUUGCGCAGCUCGAUAUGUGUGUGUCUGUGUGUGUGUCCGUGUGUGUGUGUGUAGUCAGCAUAGAAGAUCCUUCUUCCUCCUUUCUCGAUAGUUUACGUUUUCAUAGUAAGCCCGAUAGAACGAAACGAAGCAAAAUAGGGUAGACACUCAUCCGGUGGGGCUUGCUCUAUGCUCCUCCUCCCAUUCGAGUCGGUCAGAUCAGACCUGGAAAUAGUAGCGUGUAUACCACAAUCAGAUUUACAAAAUGGUUGA